AUUUGAAAACAUGGGACAAAUAAAUAUUAAUAAUCCACUGUGAAUCAAUCAAGUUAUGGUCUCCGCUGCUGCAUUCAAGUCCAACACAGACAGUAAGAGAAGAGUCCCAAGAAACCGAAGCAAAUAAUGCCUCUCUCCUUCUCAUCUUCACUCCUCCUCUCCCUCACAACAAAAACACUCCUAAACUCAAAACCCAUCAACAACUGCAGCAAAGCCAAAUCCCUCUUGACACUCACAAACUUCUUCUCCGAUUUGCAUUUACCUCUGCUGCUACUGCACUACCUUCUUCAUCUUCUCCUAAAAAGAAGCAUUGGAAACAAGGUGAAUUCCCUGGGAUAACUGACACUUCAGUUCCCAGGAGAACCGCAAUAAAAAACAUCAAGAAGAAAUUAGACCGCAAGAACAAAGCCAAGGCUUGGGUCAAUAAGCUUUAACUGACUGCAUUCUCAAGAAACAAUGGCUCCAAGCACUUCAGAUGUUUGAGAUGCUAAAGGAACAACCUUUUUAUCAACCAAAAGAAGCUACAUGCAUGAAACUGUUGGUACUCUAGGGGAGAUGUGGUCAGCCCCAACGUGCCCACCAAAUUUUCGACGAAAUGAUUGAAGAAGGAAUAGAACCCACAUCCGAAUUUUACACUGCGUUGCUUGCAGCUUAUUGUCGAAACAAUCUUAUCGAGUACAGUGCUUUACUUAAAGCUUGUGUUGAUGCUUCGAGAUUUGAGUUAAUUGACAUUUUGUAUCAAGAAAUGGAUGGAAGAUUGAUAAGUCCAAACACAGUCACGCAGAAUAUAGUUUUGAGCGGAUAUGGGAAGCUGGGGAUGUAUGAUCAGAUGGAGAGAAUGUUAUCUGGGAUGUUAGAGAGCACGGCAUGUAAACCAGAUGUUUGGACUAUGAAUAUAAUUCUUAGUGUGUUUGGUAAUAAGGGUCAUGUUGAUUUGAUGGAGAGAUGGUAUGAAAAGUUUAGAAAUUUUGGAAUUGAGCCAGAAACUCGCACUUUCAAUAAUUUGAUUGGUGCAUGUGGGAAAAAACGGAUGUAUGAUAAGAUGUCAUCAGUGAUGGAAUACAUGCGCAAGCUUCAGUUUCCGUGGACGACUUCUACUUACAAAGUUAUUGAGGCUUUUGCAGAUGUGGGGGAUGCAAAAAACAUGGAGUAUACAUUUGAUCAAAUGCGUGCAGAGGAUAUGAAAGCAGAUACAAAGACAUUCUGUUGCCUUAUUAAUGGAUAUGCCAAUGCGAGUCUCUUCCAUAAGGUCAUUAGCAGUGUCCAGUUGGCUGCAAGGUUUGAGAUAACGGAGAAUACAUCAUUGUAUAAGGCAGUUAUAUCUGCAUGUGCAAAGGCAGAUGAUUUGGUAGAGAUGGAGAGAGUUUUUAAGCAGAUGAAAGAUAAGCAAUGCCUGCCUGAUUCCAGAACCUACUCUAUGAUGGUUGAAGCAUAUAGAAAGGAAGGUAUGAAUGACAAGAUCUACUACUUGGAGCAGGAGAAAGACAAGAUGAUUGCCAAUGGUGCUUUAAGUGAUUAGAUCAUCAGGUGGAAUCCAUGGUUGAUUUCUGACCAGAACGCUGCUACUUCUCACCUCUCAGCAAUGUGAAAUUUUCUCUGGGGAGGGGCUGAAAUGUUCUGCUCAGGCAUUUCUGUUCCUGAUUCCUGGGACAAUCAAAGCUUUUGUUUACUGGACGGGGGAAUAUCCUUUGUUACCCCUUGGGCUGCAACAAACUCUUGUAAAUUGCUUCAGCAAUCCUCUAAGCAUAUGUAAGAUGAACAAUACUGUUGUGAUCAAUUUGAUUAAUGUUUCUAUGCAAGCUUUAGGACAUCAAUUGGUAUACAACAUUUUGUUUCCUUCACAUUGUCCUUGUAAAAUGCCAUGUUUCCUGUAAUUUUUUUCUCAUUAGAGAGGUGAAAUAAAUGGAUAGAACAGCUGUCGAGAAAAA